UUGAGUGUUUUUGUUAUACCUUUAACUCAAUGUAUCCAGCACUGAUAGGCAUGAUUCUAGAGUGUCUCUAGUUAUGAUCUAUCAAAUUGAGUGUUUUUGUUAUACCUUUAACUCAAUGUAUCCGGCACUGUGGAUUUUCUAAAUAAAAAUAAUUGUAUAUUUGUUAGUCGAAGGAGGGAGCUGCUCUGGAAUCGUGUUCAGAUUAGGGCAUUCUGUUUGUGUUUUAAUCCUGCAUAUUGUAAUAUACUGAAUGCAGGGGAUCUUUUGCAGAUGCAACCGACUCCCAGCUUUCGGUGAUUUCAAUGUCACUGGCUGACCCUCUCUUUACUUUAAGAUAUGUGUGCUCACAGUGCAUGGCCUCUGGGUAUAAUUGCAAAACUUGCUUCCAACCAACUGGAACAGAGGGAGGUUUAAACUUUGAUCAUUAGGAAGGAGAGAGGGUCUUUGUUUUGUAUUACUUUUUUUUCAGGUGGAAAUCCAUAUGGAAAAGGACCAUUUCCCCUGCUUUUUCCUUUUUCUGCUGAUUGUGGGGUCUUUCGUAAGGGUCUCCCCUGUUCCAGAUGACGAGUGUCCGGACGCCAGACCAGCUCACGAAGAUUGUGAAUAUAACGAAGUUUGUGAAGACGCUUCUUGCCAGUAUAAUGAAUAUGUCACUUGUCACCUAAAUCGCUGUGGGACCUGUGAAGCCGUCUACAGUGGAUAUGACAAUUUGACGGUCAACUGUAACCAGUUGACCCCAAAGUGUCGGCUGAUGCACCUUGAAAUGCUGCACAAGAGUCGGAGUGGACAGAGCCGUCCGGGUCGUGGAAGGCCAGAGGUUGACAACGUGUAUGAUCCAGAAUGUGAGCCCAGUGGAGCCUUCAAGGCUAAACAAUGCGACGAAGACUCCAAUCUUUGCUGGUGUGUGGACAGCGCCGGAGUACGUGUCACAGAUAAGACUAGUGAUGACCCAAAGUGUGAAAAGCUUGUGGCAGUUCACCUGAUACAAAUUGAUUUUAUCUUUAAAGCAGACUUUGCUUUCCUCAAGGGAAAAGAAGAUCAUUUGCGCAGGAACCUGAUCAAUAAAGUGUCACAAUUUACCUUGAAAACUCCGCAGAUCCUACAAAUAACAGUUAAUGAAAUGACUCACAAAGUUACAAUGAAGUUAUUUUCUACGAAUGUGACAAAGGAGCCGGUGGACAUUGCAACUGUUGCUUAUUACAUUGAACGUGAGCUUAAACAGAGUAAAUUCACAGUGGUCCUGGAUGGUCGGAAUGUGGAGGUGGAUCAAGAAUCCAUCAGAGUUCUUUUCUUUGACAAUGAGCCUCCCCGUAUCAACAUGAAGACCAUAUCUCCAGGAUUUGCUGCCAUUAUCAUCAUCAUCGCGCUGGCCAUUCUCACAGGGAUUGCAGUGUUUGUUGUUGUUCAAAGAAAAGCAGAACAAGAGCGGAUUCAGUUUGAAGUCAUUGAGGGUCAAGAGCUGGAAGAUUAUAAUUUGGCCCAGAGAGAAGGACUACGGUAUUAUGAUUAAAGUGAAAUUACACCAUGA